AAUUUUAAUACAAUUUGUGCUUAAUUUUUUGGUACCAACUCGGGGCUUAUUAUUUAUAAAUAAAAAAAUUACUUUUAUUCCCAAAUCCUGUGUUUAAAACUAUAUAUUAAUUUAUGUAAUAAUUACUAAAGAAUGGUUUUAAAUAAAACGAUAAUUAUGAAAAAAUCAUAAUAUUCCUUUUUCAAAUAAAUUAAACCGCGUAUUUUGUAAAUAGUGUAUAACAUGGAAAUAAAGAAAAAUACUAUUUAUGGCCAAUGCCGGUGUUGUCUAGCUAAGGGAAACCACAGAGGUAUCAUGCAGGAGUAUUACAGUAACGGAAUACGCGAAGUUUAUUUUGAUAUUUUCAUGGACUGUUUUAAUUUGUUUCUAUCAACAGAUACAACGCUAAGCACGCUGAUUUGCUCGUCGUGUGUGCAGCGUCUCCGCGACGCGAACAGUUUCCGCAUGAUGGUGGUGGCGACGGAACGGCAGCUGCUGUCGCAACUGAACGUUGGUGAUGGGAAACAGACUGUAUUUGUGAAUGUACCAGUCGGAGAACACUCAGAACACAGCGAGGUACCCAUCAAAACGGAGCAGGUAGAAGAUGUGAAAGAGGAAGCCAGUGAUGCAGAGUUUGAACGGGACACGCCGGCUGAGGAGUUCGCUGUGGAAGACGACGAUUCUGAUUCAGAGGUCGAGAGCAAGGAAGACGAGUUCCUAGCUGCAGAAACGGCUCUGCUAGCGAGGUUCUCGGGCUCCCUGAAGCCACUGCCCACCAGGCAAGACCUGUACACCAAGUGUCCAUUUUACGUCAAACAUUUGGAUUUGUUUAAAGAUGUGGUCAUCCUUCCGAGAAUGAUCGCGAAACGCCUAGAAGAAGACAGUAGAAAGUUCAAAGUGAACAGUAAAAGGUCGUUCGUGACCGAGAAAAUGGCGCACAUAACGAACGCGUCCGCCAUUCUGGAAUGUUCCAACGUGAUACCUUUUAGAAGCAAAAGCAGGGCCGGCUUCCCUUGCUUCUACUGCAGGAAUGUAUUCGAGAACCUCGACAAAUUGAAGGAGCACACGAGAAGUCACAAGAAGAGUGAAAUCAAGAGAAUACUGAGCAACUACGGGGCGGAAUGCCUAGUCGUCUACGCCGAUAUAUCGAACCUGAGUUGUGCGUUAUGCGACACAAGUCUACCCAACUUGAACGAACUGAAAUUGCAUCUAAUCAGAGUACACAAUAAGAAAAUUUUCACAGAUUACAACGACCGAGUCAUACCGUUCAAGCUGUCCCAAGACGGCCUGUACGAAUGCCAAAUAUGCGGAUUCAACUUCGAGACGUUCGGCUCGAUAGAACGCCACAUGAAUGUCCAUUUCAGGAACUAUGUGUGUCAGGACUGCGGCACAGGGUUCGUGACGAAAUAUCGUUUGAAAGUGCACAGUAAAAGCAUGCACGCCGGUGGAAAUUUCCCCUGUGACAUAUGCAAGAAGGUGUUCACGACACACCAAAAACAGAAGAACCACGUGGACGCCGUACACAAAAUGGUGAAGAGAUUCAAGUGCACUCGCUGCCCGGAACGGUUCUCGGAGUAUUUCAAACGGCAGAAGCAUAUGGUGGAAGUGCACGGAGUGGCACCGUUGCAGUACAAAUGCAAUGUGUGCGAUAAAUCGUUCGAUAGGAGAUACACACUGUCCAGACAUAUGAAACGUGAUCAUUUAGAGGAGAGGGACUUCCAAUGCCAGCUUUGCGCGUACAGAUGUUUCACGAAUAACGAGCUAAGGGUGCACAUGGUAAAGCAUAACGGGGAAAGGAUAUUCGAAUGUUCCGUAUGCAAAAAAUCGUAUGCAAGAAAGAAAACGCUGAAGGAGCAUAUGCGCAUACAUAAUAAUGAUAGACGCUUCGCGUGCGCUAUAUGCGGACAGGCGUUCGUACAAAAGUGCAGUCUCAAAGGACAUUUAAAGACUCAUCACCAUGAAUACAGUUUGCAAUAAAUUAUUUUAAUCGA